GACCGACGGGACCUCUACAAUUGUGCACUGGUGUGUCGUGCGUGGCAUCAUCGCAGCCAGGCCUUGCUCUACUUCCGCGUUUUUCUCGCGGAUGCCGAAGCCUACGACUCCCUCGCACGGUUUGCUAUCCAGAGUCCGCGAUCAAGUCGUUACUUGUCCUCCACCCGCAUGCUGGAGAUCCACUCCGCGUACACGGCGAGCAUUUGUCCAUGCAGUCCCCUUGUGCUCGGCCGCUCUAUGCCGCAUCUACAAUGCCUUUCAUUACGGAAUUGUUUGCAUCCGCCGUACCACGACAGCUUCGUCACCUUCAUGUCGCAAUUCACGGCGGUGCAACACUUGUGGCUGGACAACUUCGAGCUUAAGUCUUUCGCCGACUUUCGCCGCAUUAUUUGCUCGUUGCCCAGACUUCGCGACCUGCAUCUCGCUGGA